AUGCAGGCUCGCAGUUCAGCUGUCGGGAACUACAGCUCGGAUGUGCAGCUCCUCACAAGUUAUCUGGCCAAUAGUGAAACACUAGAUAGCCAGAAGAAAGAUAUAAUCCGUGGUGUGUAUAACGAGCUCAAGCUGGCACAUCUAACGAUGACAGCAUUUAUGCGCAUCUUAUACACCAACUCUCUUACCACCAUGCAACUGUGGCUGAAGAAGAUGCAGCGGGCCUACACAUUUAUCGCCAUGUAUGAACAAAACAUUAUUGGCCACGCAAUGGAUAUGUUUGUCUUCUUGCAGUUCACAUAUGACAUUCUGAAUAUGUUUGGUCGAACCUCGACAGCUACUACGCCCAACGCGUCGAGACCUGGGGCCAGUCUAUGCAGUCAUAUAAGGGAGUGGCAUACCCGUUAUCUGAUGUGCAAAAUGAUCUACGAAAUUUUUCAGACGGUAAAUCAACCGUUAAAGCACUGA